GGCGCAGGCGGAGGCGGGGCAGCGGUCGGUUGCUAAGACUUGUGAGGCGCAGUCCUCGCGUGCGGCUCUUCAGGUGGCUGUAGGCUUCGGCCCCGCCAGUUGUCACAGCGGAAAUGUCUGAAAAGGAGAAUAAUUUCCCGCCGCUGCCCAAGUUCAUCCCUCUGAAGCCCUGCUUCUACCAGAACUUCUCCGACGAGAUACCCAUCGAGCACCAGCUCCUGGUGAAGAAGAUCUACCAGCUCUGGCUGUUCUACUGUGUCACCUUGGGGGUCAACCUCAUCGCCUGCCUGGCCUGGUGGAUCGGUGGCGGCUCGGGAGCCAACUUCGGCCUGGCCCUGGUCUGGCUACUGCUCUUCUCCCCCUGUGGCUACGUGUGCUGGUUCCGGCCUGCGUACAAGGCCUUUCGGGCCGACAGCUCCUUCAACUUCAUGGCGUUCUUCUUCAUCUUCGGAGCCCAGUUCGUCCUGACCGUCAUCCAGGCGAUCGGCCUCUCAGGAUGGGGCGCGUGUGGUUGGCUGGCGGCAGUCGGGUUCUUCCAGACCAACGUCGGGGCCGCCGUGGUCAUGCUGCUUCCGGCCAUCAUGUUCUCCAUGUCAGCUGCCAUGAUGGCCAUCGCAAUCAUAAAGGUGCACAGGAUCUACCGGGGGGCCGGUGGAAGUUUCCAGAAGGCACAGACAGAAUGGAAUGCGGGCACCUGGCGGAACCCGCCGUCUCGGGAGGCUCAGUACAACAACUUCUCGGGGAAUAGUCUGCCCGAGUACCCCACCGUGCCCAGCUACCCGGCUGCUGGCAGCCAGUGGCCUUAGAGGGGCCGACCAGCCCUGCUGCCCGCCCCCGCCGCCCACCUCCCCCGCCCCCGGCCAGAGCGUGGGGCCCACUCGUGUUCAUCUCACCUUCAGGCGUGGAGGUCCAGCCUCUGCUGCCCAGCAGGAGGACGCCUCCCUGGCUGCGAGUCCUGUCUGGUUACCGAAACGCCCACGCCCCCUCCUGUCGAGGUCUCAGAGGGCCGACCACAGGCCUCCCCACGGACAAGGCAGCAGCAGGCCGCCCACCCGCCCUUCCUGCAGAGCUGACGGCCCCGUGUCCGCCCGCUCGCCCUCUGCCUUCUCACCUCGUUCCUGACGGGCUUGGCGUGUGGCCGAGUCGCCCAUGUCCUCGUCCUUCUAAGUCUCUGUUCACCUGCAGCCAGAGGGCUCUUGUGGACCAGCCUCCGGGGUCGUCCAGAGGCUCGUUAGCUGGGCUUCCCCGUCCGCCUGCCCCACGCGCUCCGUGCUGGGGCCAUUGGCCAGCCUGGCUCCAGCCUUCCUGCCCGCGGUGGCUCUCCUCCUGGGGACUUGCAGUAGACCUCUGUCGAGAUCCGAAACCGGGGGCAGAAUCCUUCUGGGGGAGGAUGGGGGGCCGCUGGCCUCUCCCCUCCGUGUACAAGCCGAGGAAAGCAGCGGCACCUGGCAGAGGGCGGGUGGCCCGCACGCUCACCGCCUGCCCCCGGCUGCUCGGAGCCUGUGGCCUCACAGCCCUGUGCUCGAGCUGCAGGAAGCGGGGGAUGGAGUUUCUCAGGAGAACGGCUUUUCGGAAGGAAAGAAGACAGGACAAACCUGUGCCUUAGUGAGGAACCGGAACAAGACUCCACUUUUCUCUCCUCCGAUUGUUCUAGCUCCUUCUGAGACGGAGCAGCCGAACGUCCCAUGGGGAUCUCUGCAGCACCCUUGUGAACAGAUGGUCCGAAGGAGUAGUGGGCUCUUCGCCCUUGCUGGCCAGGCUUCCCGGGCGCCCCGAGUGCUGCCCCUCUCCUCCCAGCUGGCUGCCUCGGGGUAGGACGGGGACCCUCUCCGUCCCACACUGCCGCACCGGGUCGCCGGCCUCUCCAGAAGCCCCAGGACGGCCAGCCUUGUUCUCCACACACGCUUGCUUGCUUUGGCUACUCGUGCUGAACACCACGUGGUGUCCAAAGGUGGCCGUGGUCCCUGAGAAAGCGCCCGGGUCUGGGUGCUCCUG